AUGUUUGGUUUCCGAAAGCACCUGAGCACGCAGGACGUACUCAUACAUAUCCAAGAAGAGGCCAUGAAACAGGCCAUGAGGCACUCGCCACGCGCCAUAUUGGCGCUUGACGUCAAGGGAGCGUUUGACAACGUCUCCCACGUUGUCAUCCUGACCAACCUCCAGAGCACUGGCUGUGGAGAACGGGCGUAUAACUACGUACAAGGUUUUCUAACAAAUCGGAAGGCAAGAAUCAGAGUGGGGGAGGGAGUAUCCCCGCUUAUCGAGUUGGGCAGUAGGGUGACCCCUCAAGGCUCGGUCCUUUCGCCCCUGUUCAACAUGGCACUCCUGAACCUGCCCAAGGCGCUCGAAGCGAUUGAAGGCUUGGAGCACGCGCUCUACGCCGACGACGUCUCACUCUGGACGACGAAGGCUGGAUCCCACGGAUGGAUGCAAGACACGCUGCAGACGGUGGCGGAAGUCGUGGACAAAUAUGCCAAGGAAUGCGACCUAAGAUGA